UUUUUUUCCUCCUCUCCCUCUGUCUCUCUCUUUCACAGACACACAGAGCAGGGUUAGGAGGAGCUGUUUUGCAUCCAUUCACGUCAGCCCUGCCUCAUUCCCUUCUUCCUUCCUGCUAGAGAAAGACAGAAAGAGCUGAGAAGCAGAGACAGAAAGAGAGAUAAGACAUCCCAGCAGCACCUCUGUCUCUGCACUCCCUCCUGGGAAUAAAACCCAGCUCCCUAGCCCUGAAGCCUCGGACCCCUCUUCACAUACAGCACUUCGCCUUCAGGACUAAUUUCUGAAGACACCACAACAAUUGGUGCCUGGAGUCAACCUCCUACAUUAAUCUGGAAUAUGCAACUCCUUGAUGGUGUGUAAGAUGGAGCGGUUCACUGACUUUGGCACUCAGACUGACGCAGUAGUGGUGCUUUCUCUAGCACAGGCAGCUGUUUUAGGACUGGUGUCAGAAAAUGAAGUCUUUGGUGCCACUAUCAGCCCCAGUGGGUUUUUCCCUGCAUCCAGAAGUGAGUUUUCAGAUAAAUGUCCCGUUGAGGCUGAGCAACCCGAAAGAGAAGCCUACAGAAACUCAGAUGAGAGCGUUGCUACUGAGCCUCAGGAGGAUGACUCUCUGGACUCUGAAAAACAUACAAGGAGAAAGAAACGGCAGCCUGUCAGAGUUGUGCCGAAAAUAAAAUGUGAGAAAACUGAAGAGGAGAAUGAAGGAGAAGAGGUAGAAAUCUACAAAGUUCCCAUAGAGACAGAUAAUGAUGAGAAGCAGCCGCUGGAAAAACUUUCAGCAGAAAACUUUGAGCAGGAAAGUGAGAACUCUGUACAUAACAGUACUAUGAAAAUGAUAGAUCUCGGGGCUUUUCGCAGGAGACCCCGUAGACCCAAUCACUUAAGGGAAAGACAACAUCAUGAGGUAGAAACAGAUUAUAGACCAAUUUUUCAGCAUCCAGUACACAACCCAUACCCACAACCACCUGUUCCAGUAGUUCCAGGAAGUGCCAACUUGGAAAACCUCCAGAGACAAUGUAGCUUUGGCCCAGGUUUGAUGCCUCCUAGUGAGAGUAGAGAAUUCAAUGCAGGAUCUCCAAAGACAGAGGAAAAUGGGCAGAACUACACUUGGCAGGACACAAACGAGUUUGAAACUGACACUGCCGAAUCUAUUGAGCGCAACAAAAAGGCUCAGUUGGAUCGUUUAGACAUAAAUGUACAGAUUGAUGAUUCCUACCUAGUGGAAGCUGGUGACCGCCAGAAACGCUGGCAGUGCCGCAUGUGUGAGAAAUCAUACACCUCAAAGUACAACCUGGUCACGCACAUCCUGGGGCACAGCGGAAUCAAACCUCACUCCUGCCCGCACUGCAACAAGCUCUUCAAGCAACCAAGCCACUUACAAACCCAUCUCCUUACCCAUCAAGGCACUAGGCCACAUAAAUGUGAGGUGUGCAACAAGGCAUUCACACAGACAAGCCACUUGAAAAGGCAUAUGUUACUGCACACGGAUAUAAAACCCUACAGCUGCCGAUUUUGUGGUCGGGGCUUUGCUUACCCUAGUGAGUUAAAAGCCCACGAAGUGAAACAUGAAAACGGAAGGUGCCAUGUUUGUGUUGAAUGCGGAUUGGACUUUGCUACCCUGACACAACUGAAACGACACAUUUCUUCACAUCAGGGCCCUACACUGUAUCAGUGCAUGGAGUGCAGCAAAUCCUUCCAUUACCGUAGUCAGUUGCAGAAUCAUAUGCUGAAGCACCAGAAUGUCCGACCAUUUGUUUGUAAAGAAUGCGGCAUGGAGUUUAGUCAGAUCCACCAUCUCAAGCAACACUCGCUUACACACAAGGGAGUCAAGGAGUUUAAGUGUGAGGUAUGUGGGCGGGAAUUCACCCUGCAUGCCAACAUGAAGCGCCACAUGCUGAUCCAUGCCAGUGUCCGUCCAUUCCAGUGCCAUAUCUGCUUUAAGACCUUUGUACAGAAGCAAACGCUGAAGACCCAUAUGAUAGUCCACUCCCCUGUCAAGCCCUUCAAAUGCAAGGUUUGUGGGAAAUCUUUCAACAGAAUGUACAAUCUCCUGGGUCAUAUGCAUCUUCAUGCCGGAUAUAAACCUUUUAAGUGUCCCUAUUGCUCCAGCAAGUUCAACCUCAAGGGUAACCUCAGUCGACACAUGAAAGUUAAACAUGGGGUCAUGGACGUUGGUCUAGAUAGUCAAGAUCCCAUGAUGGACCUUCCAGACGCAGAUACCAAUGACGUGGAUGGCCAUCAAGAGAUGGAUGACUAUGAGGAGAAUUCAUAUGGCUUUGGUGAAGUAGAAAAUGUGUCAGGAGACCAGACAAUGAAGGAAAUGGUCUAUUAUAAUGUCUUGUAGACAGAAGAGAAAUAGACUUGAAUCCAAUGAAAGUUACUUUCCUUUAAACAGCUAAAGGAUUUUCAGCCUCAUCCUCUGUGAGAAGAGAGCCUAUAGGUGUCACGUGACCUCACCUCCUAGAGAGUGGCUAUGAGCUACCAGGGUGGAUUUCAUGGAAAGUUGCCUCUACAGAUCUUUUGAAGAAGAAAGAUUGGUGUUUCCUGUAGGCUGUGAGACACCUCUUUGCCUUGGCGAUAAGUACCUGUGCUGUAGGCACGUGGUCGUGCUAAGGCCUGGCACAGACUCUGUUGUUUUUUUGUUUUUGUUUUGUAGUUUGAGCACUGGUGUUUUGAACUGCUCGCUUUUUGUGUUAUUAUCUGUUUUCUGACCUAUCCAGAAAUGGAACAUAGUGGCCUGAAUGCUACCUACCAAGAAAUGAGGCAACUGUGUUACACCCACUGCUCUUUCACAAUCAGAAAAAAUGUCUUACACUGAAGGGUAAAAUGUUGGUUUAUUAGAAUUUUUUUUGGGGGGGGUUACUUUGACAGAGAAAGAAUGUGAAUUAACACAAAUUAUUUGCUUGGCAACAAUGUAACUAGGCCAGGCGGGAGAAUUCAUUAAAUGCCCAGGUUUAAUCCCUACCUUGGGUUAGUUGUGUGUUCUAGCGUAGCGUUACUUCCCUAGACCUGUCCUUUGUUUGUCUGUUUCACAUCUGAAAGAAUCCGUAAAUCCGCUCCUAAAAAAGACACUGUACUUGAUGAAACAAAGCAGGAAUAGAGGGAAAAUAUGUUUAGUUGAAUAUUACCUGCAGCCUGUGAGGCUGGAAACUACCUCUCUGCUCUGUUCCUGGUCUCUGGAUGAAGUACAUCCUAUACAUUAUACUGUAUUGUGUUUGGGUUUUCUGUUUUAAUAUAGAGAUGGUGAAAACAUGGCUUUAAUGCAACACUCAUUUGUUUAGCUUUUAGAUU